AUGUUUUGCUCUUCAGAUGAAUUCACAGCAAAUUAUACAGUUUGGCAAUAUCCAGUCACUGAGAAAUAUGGAAUAAUUUACAGUAGAAUGCGUGAAUGGGGCUUUUCAAAUAGCCAUGAAGAAACGAUUAAACUUAUCAACGACGGUUGGGUAAUAUUUAUGGAAACUCCAAGGGCUGCUUAUUACAUAGCCAACGAAUGCAAACUGAAACGAUUCGGUAACCGUAUAGGAAGUUGGUAUUAUAGUAUGAUGUUAAUACCGCGUUCUCCGUUAACUUCUGCUUUUAAUGAAAUAAUUUAUUCUCUGGAAGCAGAUUAUACACUGGACACGCUGAGAGCUAAGUGGUGGGCUAGUAAUACAAGUCGAUGUGGAACAUUGUCUGUUGAUGAAGGAUAUGAUUUUGAAGAAGUUGGUGGUAUGUUUUCAUUACUUGGAUGUGGACUUUUAAUUGGCGUUGUAUUGCUAAUCUCAGAAAUUGUUACCUUUCAUAUACUAUUGAAGAAGCAACAGACACAGGUCGCAAAUGAACCUCCAAGACUACCACCGCAACCUGUAACAAACAGUGUACCAGAAACAAUACAAGAGGAAGAAGAAAGUACAAAUAAUUUAUCUACGAGAAAUCCAGUUACAUCAAAUUUAAUAACAAUUACUACAACUGAUUAUAGUGAUCCUAAUCAAGAAGCUAUAUCCUUGAAUGAAUAA